UUAAGACUCGGUGAGAAUGCUUCAAACACACACCAAGAAAAAUCACCCGACCACGUUCUAAGUUUAUGAACCAUUUUGCAGACAUGGUGCCCACAUCUCACUCCAACCUUUACGCGUCUUCUUCCAUAGAUUUUUGGGUGGAGAAUGGCAUUAAAUCUGCAGCAAAUAAACCUCUUUGAUCCAACAGACACAGAACCGUAAAAUACUAGCUCAACAAUGAGAUCAUCUCCAAACUGGUUCCAUAAUGUUCGAAGAAAGUUCCGCAGUCCCUCUCGUAAAACAGGUGUUGUUAUUCUUCAUUCCAAUGUUUGCUCGAGCCCCGAUGAUGCCCGGACGAGUGGAGUCACAGAUGAAACAGCUAGUUGUGAAGAGCUUGUUAGUGAAACUUCGCUAUCUUUAGGGUCGGAAAUCACUCGCGAAGAUAUAGCUGCUCGAAAGAUCCAAGCAGCUUUCAGGGGUCAUCUCGCGAGAAGGGCAUUUCGAGCGCUUAGAAGCAUGGUCAAACUGCAAGCAUUAGCUCGAGGGGCAUAUGUAAGGAAACAAAGCCGAAUAGCCCUGCAUUGCAUGCACGCACUUGUUCGCUUGCAGGUCCGGAUUCGAGCAAGGCAGCUCCUUGGCAGGUGCAGUGAUGACUAACCCACCCAGUCUCACUCUCUCCACUUGGCUAAAUAUACAAUUUGAACCUUAUAUUUGGCUCGUUUUUAACUUGAAUUUUAAUGAUAUUUUUGUUACAAACCCGUACCUAAUGUUACUAAAAAUGGCAAAUGGAACCUCUUUUAAUCUGUUUAUAUUUUACCAUCAUCUUACUGAUGUGAACAACACAUGGCAUUGACGGAGUCCAAAUUGUAUUUUCUAGAAAAACAUUAGCUAUAAAUAAAAUUAAAUAAUUUAAAUUAAAUUCAACAAAAUCCCACAUAAGGUGACAGAACCAAGAUUUUUUUAGUCAAGCUAAAAUUCAUCUGACCAUUUAUGGACUUAACCUCUAUCUAGCCUUUGCUUCACUCUAAAUUUUACCUCUUAAUUUUCGAAGACGAUCCAAACUGGACCGUAUCUAUGCUACAUGUGGUGCUACCCUUGCCCACAUGUAUGUCACAUGUAAUUCACAUCAACAUAGCGGUUAAAUAAAAAUUUACUUAAAAAAAUCUAAUUGUAAUAUUUUAAGUAGCACUAGGUACCGAUUUAAAACAAAAAAUAACAUAGGUCAAAAUUAAAAAUGAGCCAAAUAUUGGACUCCAAACUGUACAUUUGGCACUCACCCCUUCAUACGGUCAUAAUAUAUCUGGCCUGCUGUAUUUGCUAACUGAAUUAACAUGUGCAUUGAUAUUCAAUAUUGUGAUUUGAGACACCACCACUUUUACAUAUUAAUAUCUAGAUUGAUUAA